AGUCAUCUUCACUCUCUGCACUUGCAUAAUUCUGUAGGCAUUGUUAAUUUUGGUUUCUUCUACUCCUUUUUUCUAUAGGUCCUGAAGAUAUAUGGAUAUGGCUGGAAUGGGUGGAAUGGCUGGAAUGGGCGGAAUGGAUUUCUCGAACUUUGGUGGAAUGGGAGGCAUGGGUGGGAUGGGUGGUAUGGAAGGCCUCCAAGGGAUUGGUGGAAUGGGAGGAAUGGGUGGUAUGGAAGAAUUUGAAGAUAGUGAUGAUGAAGGAGAAGAAGCCAAAUCUGGAGAGAAAAAGGAGGAAACUCAAGCUCCUGCCCAUGCGACAGAAGAGGCGAAAACCGAAGAGCAAACAGCUGUGAAGAGUGACAAAUGAAGAAACUGUCCUUCUAAACCAUUUGGUAUGACUAACCGAGAAGAGUCUUUAUGAAUAUUAUUACGGAAUGGUUCCAUCUUUAAAAUCAAUCCCCUUCGCUUACUUUUAUUUUUUUUUGGAUUGUUGAGUUCUUAUAUGGUUUGAUCUUCUUUUUUUUUUUGGUCAACUUAAAAAUGUUCUUUUGAACAUGCAAUUGUUUGGUUGUUGUGAUGACAUAAGAGUUUGUGAGAAGAA